AUGCCAGGUGCCAGCAGUCAGCGAAUGCUAGGAUGCGUUGCUCUAAAAGUCAACCAACUUGACCUACACUUUCAAGAGAUAAAUGAGUCAAUUACUGGCAGGGAUCGUGAAGCGCAUGAUGGAGAUGUUGUUGCCGACGCCGUCCUCUUCGCUGGUAUGGAGCGAAGUGAUGUAGGAGUCUUUUCUUCUAUGUCACACGGCCUUCGCCAUGAUAAAGCUCUCAAACUGAAACUCGAAGAACAAUAUAGGAUCAAGGAUUUAAAGGAACAUAGGAGAGUUUUCUUCGCCGAACAGAAUUCCCAUUUGGGACAGGUUACAGAUCAACGAGCCCCUUUCGGCAGAGAAGAAUACCGAAUAAUCCUGGCCUUGGACGUGGGGUUUCCUCCUGCCACAAUGUGUACUUCUACAUAUACCCCUUUUAAGACUAACAACGGGGACAACUACCCUUCCGCAGGACCUCGCGAGGAUUCUCCUACGGACACGAUCUGGAAGACCCUGGUGGUGGAUUCCCAUUCUCGCAUCGGCACACGAAGCACGCAGGUUGAAAACGAGAUCAAAUUCGAUAUAAAAUGCAUCAAACACGCCCUGCACGAGGAAUGA